UGGGAGCGUUUCUCCCCUGCAGGGGCACGACCGCCGUGUGCGCCUACUCCAUGGACAAGGUGGCUCACGCCUUCCGAACCUCCAGACUCAAGGGCUACGGCAGCGGCCUGCCAGCGCACAGACCCGGCACGUGUGUCCCCUACAAUUCCCCCAGUGCCCCCUCCAGAGCUGUCCUUGCCAUCAUCAAAGAUUACCCAGAGCUUGAAGCCGUCAUCUACCCAGAGGGGCAGCGCCCCCUGUAUGUGCUGCAGACUAAUGACACCUACACCCGGGUGGUGGCCGACAGGGUCUGGGAUGCCAGCAACGCCUCUCGCACUGUCCUCUACCUUGGAACGGAUAAAGGCAAGAUCCACAAAGUCCUGCAGAGCAGAGGGCAGACGGUCAUCAUCGCGGAGCUGAGCCCUUUCCGGAGAGACGCGCCCGUCUCUGGGCUGGCCCUGGAUGCCUCCACAGGGCAUCUCUAUGCAGCCACUGAGUUCGAGGUGACGCGCCUGCCACUGGCAGACUGCGGGCAAUACAGGGAGACCUGCUGGAAGUGUGUCCUCGCCAAGGACCCCUACUGCGGAUGGGAUCCAGACAGCAAAAAAUGCUCAGCCGUCUCCCAAGAGGCAAACGACACAGCCAGCAGCUUCCUGCAGAGCCUGGACCCAGGGGCUGAGGACGUGUGUGAAGGUGCAGCAGAACAAGUAGCGCAGGAAGCUCUGAAAAAGGUGAGCGUGGACCCGACCAGCUACAUCUACCUCCCGUGCCCUCUGCGCUCCCACCACGCCAUCUACACCUGGGUCAAGGACGGCACCAAGCAGUACCCCUGUGCCAUGGACGGGCACUCCUGCACGCUACGCUUUGGGGAGAACACCCCCAUGGACCAGGGGCUGUUCAAAUGCACAGCCACCGAGGAUGGCUAUCGAGAGGAGAUCACUGCCUAUGAACUCACGCUGAACGUGGCCUGCCUCCCACGGCUCUCCUUGACAGUGGCCACGGGUGUUCUCCUCCUUGCCAUCACCAUCUUGUUGCUCUAGACCCUGCCAUCCAUACGGAGAUCUCAUUACACUGCCAACGACCUCUCUUUUGUUUUUCUUCUAGUUACCCUCCUACCUGAGGAUUCCCCCUUUGAGCCCCAAACAAAACAGGCGGCGCUCUAGAAACAAAAUUCCAGCCGACGCCUCCUACCGCAGCAAACACAGCCGUUGCGGUGGAGGUUUUGACCACCAACAAUAAUUACCAAGAAGCCUCUUUCCCAAAAUAUAAGCCACAGGAAGAGCCAGGGAGAGGGGGGAGUUGGAAGAGAGGCAAGGAGGAGAAAUGGACUGUUUAUUUUGCUGCCCAGUGAAUUUGUUCAGCCCUAGGACCUGCUGCCAAGCUGAUCCCAGUUUGCUCGGUGGACACGGAUCCAGAGUGGGUGUUUGUUCCAACGCUGCUGAGUGUUGGGAUUUUGCUGCUUGCAGUCAUGUGGCUUUCUAAGGCUUCUUUAAGGCACACUCCGCCACAGGUGUGAGUCGAUCUCUUCCCACUCCAGCUGCUCGGAACUAAAUACUUUUAGCAUUCAAGUUGUAGAAAGGGAAACUCUCCAGCUGAAGCCCCAAGUCUGAUCCUUCACAUCCCAUUCAGAGUCAUGAGGCAGGCUGUUCUCUCUGCAUCAUGUAGUGCACGGUUACCCCGAUGACCAGCUUGGCCAUCCUGGGUUUUCAAAGGAAGAGAGAAAUCAUCCAGACACCCGCACUAGGGUAAAUGCAUUGACUUGGAACUUCCAGCGGUGGAUCCCCUCCAACCUAUGAUGGUCAGAACUUAGCCACCAUCCAAGACACUAGAAGGUUUCAAUCGGAGCCACCCAGAGGUCGCUGCACCAGAGACUGGUGCCUGUGGGAGGGUUCUAAGGCUUGAUUCGGUAAGACUGGCUCAAAUCCAAGCAACAACGCUGAAAAAGGGAGAGAUGGUGACGGGCUAGAAGGGGUUUCAGGCAGAAAAGGAAAAAGGGAGGGAAGAUAUGUUAGCAUCUGAGUGGUCCUACCUGUGUCACUCCGGAAAGCGUGCACAUGAAGAGGAGCGGUAGCUGAGUGGGGAAGAUGCUGUCUUACCAGCCUGAAGGCUGGGGGGCGGGGGAGAUGAGUCUUGCAUGAUCCCCUGUUGGAAUGUUUUCUCCAUUUCCCCCAGCUGUGAAAUGGACCCCGCUCCCUCAAGUUCCUUGUGUACCACUGGCUCUGAAAGCAAUGUGCCUUAGCUGUGUCAGCCCAAUGAGCCAGGGGCUUGGGGAAGCUUUGACUCCAAUCUGACUCUGCUGUAAUGGAGAUCCAAAUCUGGCCCAGAGACCAGGAAAGAUGGGUGCCAAUCUUGCACCACUGCUCUUUCCCAGCCAAACCAGGGCUCUGGUUUGUGUUCUAUGGUACGGAAAGAGUUAAGCAUGACCCCUUUUUCCACCUUCCAAGUCCUGAAGAUACAGACCAAGCCAGUUCCCUGGAUGUUAAACUGCAUCGGCUGAAUUUGCAAGCAAGCCUAAAAAAACAAAGAACAUAAGAAUGGCCAAACUGGGUCAAACCAACGGUCCGCCUAGCCCAGUAUCCUGUCUUCCCACAGCAGGCAGGGCCAGAUGCUUCAGAGAGCAAACAGAGCAGGGCAAUUUAUCAUAUGAUCUGUCCCUUGUCACCCAAUCUCAGCUCCUGGCUGGUUGUGUUUAGAGACACCUUGAAUAUAUAUGGUUGUGUCCCAGACCACCUUCGCUAAUCGCCAUUGAUGGACCUAUCUGCCAAGAACUUAUCUCAUUCUUUUUUGAACCCAGUUAUACUUUUGGCCUUCACAAUAUCCUCUGGCAGUGAGUUCCGCUGGUUGAUUGCAUGUUACAUGAAGAAGCGCUUCUUUAUGUUUGUUUUCAUCCCGCUGUCUACGACUUUCAGUGGGAUAAAAUUCUGGUGAUUCUCAGCCAGAAACCAAAGUCUCCCUUUCAGCAGGCUCUGCUACGUGCCAAAACAGCUGUCUGCAUCUGGGUACUCCACAUCUGCCAGAAUCCAGCUGCUUCCGUCGCCUCAUCUUCAGCAAAAUAUUUUUUAUCUUUAUAUAAAAUACAUAUGACAAUUUUCUUUUGGGGGGGGGGGAAGGGAUGCGGGGAAAAAAAUCUUCUAGUCCCUAAACUGGCUGUAGCCACCCACUGUUUGAAUGUAACUAAGGGACCACUUAGUUUAAAAACACAACCAAACAUGUAGGACUUUAGAGUAGCUCCUUUUGCUUGUAUUUAUCAGCUCUGGAUAUGUAUUUGGUGUUAUUAAAGAGGUAUUGUAUACUGAGCAUAAGGCUAGGGCCCAGGCCCUACUGGAUUCCAACCCUAGCUCUGUCACCAACUCACAGUGAGACACUGUGCCUCAGUUUCCGCAUCUGUGACAUGGGGCUAAAACUCUUCCAUACCUGACAGAAGUGUUGUGACUAUUCAUGAGAUAUUGUUUGAAAAGCACAAUGGAAAUGCUGCAUAUGGAAGCAAUGGGAACAUGGGGCAGUGUAUUGGGAGUCACAGAAUUCCAUUUCAAUGCAUGUAGAGUUGUCCCCAGCUGACCUCACCUGCAGUUCUAGAUCUGCCCUUAGAUUGGCUGGGAAGGAUUUCCCUGCAAAGGAAGAGAAGUAGGCGUAGGAGUGAGGGAUGUGUGGGUGGUCAAUUGUAAGGCCUGGCAGCUGCUGCAGGUGGGGUGUGUGAGCAGAAUAAUGUCCCGGUAUGGGGAACUCAAAGAAGGAUGCAGAUCUUUUUAUAGAUCAUUAGUGGUUUUAUUUUUUACCCAUCCCUACUUUUACUCAUCUGCUCUUCUCCCCACCCAUGCCUUGGGCUGGCACCUCUUAAAGGCAGUGCCCAAGCUGCCAGUGAAAUCCCAAUGUGUGGGUUUUGCAAUCCCUGCUCAUCCUAGACAGGAAGCAGAGAGAUUUCUGCAGCUGUAUCCAGCCAGAUUUUGAUGCAUGGCCAUUAAAUGGAAUGUACCAAGUGCAAGGAGACCAGCCAUGACUGCAAGAAAAGUAAUUGACUAGAUGCAUACAAAGCAGACUGGUAGCACUUAACAUUAAGGUCAGCAGGGAAGAGGGGUCUCAGAAAGGUUGCAGGAUUAUGGAAGAGGCAACACAGCAAAGGGUGCCCUCUUUGCUUUAAUUGGUGUAGUUAUAUAGGAGGCAGUGUGGUAUAGUGGUUAACACAGCAGCAAUCCAUAUUCUGUUUCGGAAUGGCAGUGAGACCUGGAUACAUGCUACCACUGUUCUGUGCCUUGAUUUCCCCAUCUACUGCUAGAGCCCUGACAAUAUAUUUUAAUUACAUAUACCACUGUUUGGAAGUCAAAUGAGGCCAAGGUUUUGGAUACCGCCCCACUAGGGAGGACAGAAAGAAGAGAACCUAACAUUUGCAAAAAAUAAAGACCUUGACUAUUAAACCAACAGCUGGGCUCCAUGCUGCUGAAUGACACCCAGCCCGACUCUGCUUUUUGGCUCUGUGCUGAUGACUGUUUCCCUUAUUAGCCCACUAUGUCCUCCAGUGAGAUGAGGAAGGCCCUGCAGCAGAAGAGAGUUAUGUUAAUUUUAGGAGAGGAAACCGGAAUGAGAUUCUUGGAGCGUGAUCACAGGAAGUCCCGGUGUUGCUAAGUCUUGUCAUGGCUGGCAUUUUACUUAAAGUUCCUGCAUAUCGGGAUCUCAGCUGUCAUUUAAAAAAAAAAGGUUUAAAAAACCCAGUCUCAUGAGCCUGUGCUCAUUUUUCAGUGUUUAGUACUGGCCAUGCUGAUAGUCCCAUGUUUGCACCAAAUUGGGGCACUGUACACUGGAGAAACACAAGUUUAUUUUUCCCCUUUCCCAUCUGAUCGUACAUACCGUCCAUCGCUAGAGAAACGCAAAGAACAACAAGAAGCUGUCUUUAACUGCCUCUUAGAAAACAAUACUCUGUCCUUUCUUUCUGAAAGAAACAGAGCAAUAAAUGUUGCCUUGCUCCCUCCCAUGGCAUAUACUCCCACUCUUGCAGGACCCUGCUUUGCUGUGUAGUAAUCUGAAUAUGUCUGUGUGUUCCUCCCCUUUGUAACAUGUGAGUCCUUAUUAAAAAAAAAAAAAAAAAAAA